GAAGGCAGCAGGUCAAACAGGGUGACAACAGAUACAGCGAUUCCUUCCAAAUAUUGCUCUGCUGAGGCAGCAGGAGUGAUAUAAGUCCUCCAAAAAGCACAUGUCUCCAUCUGAAGACUCCACAGAUGCCUAACACAUUAUCUGGAAAAAGAACGUAGAAAAUAGAUGCUCCAGAACUUGUUGGAUCCCUUUAAUACUUCAGAACUUACAGAGGGAUUUUUCAGUGUUUUUUGCCCAGACAUCUGUCAACAUAACAUUGUUUGACAGACAAAUUGGCUUAAUUUGGACUGACUCGGGCUGCUGCCUGUCCUGUUCUGGCAUGAAGCUGCAGUAGUUUUCUUUCUAAGGGCCUUGUCCAAGGGGGCGAGCAGGACUUGGCUUUAGACGACAGACUGUGAAGUCUGGCUUGUCUGCUCAACUGAGUAGACUUUCAUUUCUCCGGCCAUUUGUUUGUCGGAAAUGUGGAUGCUGCUAGAGGGGCUUUUGUGUCCGCUUCAGAAAGCCGUCUUGUUGUGAGAACUCCAGCUCAGGGGGACGGCCCUGCCAUGGAGGGUCUUGAGCAGCUCGACAUGGUGGGCGAUAUCAGCCCGGCCUUGGAGGCCACAGAGGACUUCAUCAGUUGCAUGGAUGGAAUUCAGGGGUCGAGCCAAAAUCAGACAGUGACCAUGCAGCCUUCCAGACAGCCCAAGCAGCUACAAGAAGUAUCCAACGCCGCGUUAGGGAAGCUGAGCCCCAGCGGCGUGUGGGGUCUGCUGGCCGGAGAGCAGCCAGAGGUGGGGCCCCUAGGCCUGGCCUGGGCUGAUAACUUCAGUGUUUUAGGCCUUGGCAUGGGCCUGAGGCAUGGCAAGAGAAGUCGAGCGCGCUCCACCAAUGAUCUGGCGGCGCACACCAAGGAUUGUACCAACAACACCACCAACUCCUCAUCCAACUCAGCCUUCAAGAAAGGACACAACCGAUCCAGGUCUGAUGUCAACUAUCGGCCGUCGGCCUUCACUGACAACGGGCUGCCCACAGUAGACUGCAACACCCUGAAGAACAUGAUCCUCAACCACCAGCAAGAGGUUGACAAAAGCAGCAGUAGCAGCACUGUGGUGAAGCAGGGUGAGAUGGAGCAGCGCGAAGGGCCCCGGGGCCGCUGGAUUCCCUGCCACGUUGAACUGACACCCUGCGAGCUCCGCCUGUACACUCUGGACAGCAGCGCUAACCGGCAGCUCGGCACCGCCUACUCCCUGUCACACUGCCAGAGCGUAAUCUCACCAGCACCCUGCUGUCAGGCAGGCCAGAUCAUGCAGCCCGCCGACAAACGCACUCUCCAGGCCUUGUUCUUCAACAGCACGCAUCUCUAUCUGAGGGCGGCGAACCAAUGGGAAGCCAUGGAGUGGAGACGGCUGAUGUGGGAGAAAGUCCAGGCUGUCAGACCCGUGAGGCAGGAGAACCAGCAGCGGAGAAACGGGAUGGAAAAUCAACAGGUUGCUAAGUUUCCUGCGCCCAUGUCCCCGUCUUCGUCGCCGUCUCCUUCGGGGCUUGACACCAGGCCCGAUGGCGACAGUGAUACCCCGACGUCUUCGGAGGCGUCUCUCCCCAUCCUCAGCAGACCCACCACCCUGCCGCUCUUCACCCAGCGCUCCCAUGAUGUCCUCAAAGCCGGUCUGCUCUACCAGCUGACGGAUCAGAACAACUGGCGGGCCUUCACCUUCGUCCUGACCAGAACCGCCCUCCAAGCCUUUCCUACUGAGGGCCAUGGGCCGGUUUCUCAGCCUGUCCACCAGUACCCUCUUGUUUCCUGUGCAGCCGUUCAGUAUGACGCUGACCCUGAGAACGGUGGGGACUGUUUCCACGCCGUUUUCCUUAAAGAGGUGCUCCGACUACGAGCCGAUGAUCAGCUGAAGGCCCAGGAGUGGGUGAAAGUACUGCAAGAGGCAGUGGUUGCACAGCAGCCUGCUCAGGAAGAGGAAGUAGUCAAAGGAGAACUGGGAGAAGGAGCCCCUGGCCUCCAGGGGGUGCUGAUGAGAUCCAGACCAUCUAGGGACCGGAAGCAGCGGGAGGCCCAGAGAGCUAAACGGCAGUCUGUCACCACCAGUUUCCUCAGUAUCCUCACCUGUCUGGCUGUGGAGAAGGGGCUUACAGCGCAGAGCUUCAGGUGUGCAGGUUGUCAGCGUCCAGUGGGACUGUCCAGGGGAAAGGCCAAAGUCUGUUACUACAGUGGAUGGUAUUACUGUCAGAGCUGCCAUCAGGAUAACUCCUUCCUCAUCCCAGCACGCCUGCUGCACAACUGGGACACCAACAAGCACAAGGUGUCGAAACAGGCCAAGGAGUUCCUGGAGUUUGUGUAUGAGGAACCCCUGCUGGACGUCCAACAGCUCAACCCUUGUCUGUACGAGCACUGUGAGCCUCUGAGCACAGUGCUGCGUCUCCGCCAGCAGCUCCAGUCGUUGCGGGCCUACCUGUUCAGCUGCCGGGCAACUGUUGCCGAGGAUCUCAGACGAAGGAUCUUCCCCAGGGAAUACCUACUACAGCACAUUCACCUGUACUCCAUGGCCGACCUGCAGCAGGUGAUUGAUGGGAAACUGGCUCCCUUCCUGGCCAAGGUGAUCAAGUUUGCCAGCUCCCAUGUUUUCAGCUGCAGCUUAUGUCGUGAAAAAGGUUUCAUCUGCGAACUCUGCCACAACGGACAGGUCAUCUACCCUUUCCAGGAGAACGCCACUAGGAGGUGCGACGGUUGCGGCGCCGUUUUCCACGCCGAGUGUCGACAAAAAUCUCAGCCCUGUCCUCGCUGCGUCCGCCGAGAACUUCACCACAAGAGGCCGUCCUCGUUCUGGUCGCCCGACGACGACAGCCCCGGGUGCUAUCACCUGCCGUACCAAGAUACCUGAGACACACACACACACAUACACACACAACACAGAUAAACAUACUCAAAGAGCAACAACAAUUUAGGGUGCUGCCUGGCCGCAACGCUGGACGAAGUGUCUGUUUGAAUGAUUUGUGUGUCUCCUGGACAGACAGACUGUGUGUGGAGCGUCUGCUGCAUCGCCAGGUUUCUGUUUAUACCUGGAAACACCUGAGCUGAGCCCCAUUGUCCCACUGUAAAGAGCAGGGAGAACUGUUCCACUCAACUACUUGUAGUCGGACAUGUUGAAAUCAUCCUCCGCCAUCUUGUGUUACAUCACAAACACAAGAAACGCAGACAUGUGGAACAUUAUGGUGAUUUAGUGCAACCAUUGUAUUCCAUCUGUUCUUAAAGUAAUACAGUUCUGAUAGCCCAUUCACUGUUUUCUUUCUUCAUCAAAGUGGCCAAACAUCUCACAGUGAUCAUUAAAAAUCCUUUUUUAUUUGCACCGUCCUACAGGAAAGUAUUUUGCUCCAUCCUCUAUGAGCAGCUGCAGUCCUGGUCUCAUGUCAGUUACAGUGGAAUCUAAUGUUGACCUCCGUUAAAGGUUUAGUGUGUAACAUUUAGGAGGACCUAAUAGUGUUUUCAUUAGUGUAAUUGCUGUGUUGUUGUUACUUGUAGCUGCAUUUCCACUGAUUGUAUCAGCUCAACUUGUAUUGACUCGCCAAAGUGAGGCGAUUCCACCGUCUGAGACCAGGGACCAUCAGUUUCUUCCAGUACCACCUUCACUGAAACUACACGUGAGUCAAAGUGACACUAAAUGUGAAGUAAAAUCAUGCAGAUCAGAUGUCAUUGGGUCAUGACGCAGGCCGCCAGGUCAGUGGUAGACCUCUGAAAAUGUCAAAACCAGUU